AUUCUUUCAGUAAAAUGAAGAAAAAGCGGGGUAAAGAAUCAAGCGUCAUUAUUCAAGCGUGUUUCCUAAAAUCAACUUUGAAUGAAACCACGAAUUGUAUGUUACUAAUACAUUCUAGGUGCUAACUAAAGUGCUAACAUUUUAAUCAAGCUAGCUAUGACAAUGGUUCCAGGUGGGGAGUCAUUUGUUUAAAUAAUUCACUUUAAGAUCCCUCGCUUACAGUUAUUCCAUCAUAAAAAAUGCCCUCAGGUUUAAAAAAUAAAAAAAUAAGUGAAGGUGGGCUUUGUUUUCGCUGCCCCCGAAGAGCCUCUGCCAUAUCAAAGUUUCUCAAGCAGUUCUCAGCAGUAGCCUGGAGCUCCAGCUGGAGGACAGCAAUCACACUUGAAUCACCCCUCCACCCCCCAGAGCCGAGAAGACACCGGAGAGAGGUUGGAUUUUAAACCCGCCCUCCGGAGGGAUCUCGUUUCCCCCAAAACCUCCCAUUUCUCCCUCUCUCUCUUUUCCUCUCUGCCUCUCUCUCUCUGUCCCCUCUCUUCCUUUACCUAUAUCUCUCGCAUUUGACCGUCUCCCCCACCACAAUCAUGGAUCUCGCGGCGAGAUGUUUGCUUCUCCUAACCUGUCUCGGCGUGAUACUGGCCAUCGAUUUGGAAGCGAUCGACCCGAGCUACUUCGUGGAGCCCGCUGCCACAUCAGAUGUGCUCGACUACAAGGAUCCCUGCAAAGCUGCUGCCUUUCUGGGAGACAUAGCUCUGGAUGAGGAGGAUUUAAGAUCAUUUAAAGUGGAUAGAAUCAUAGAUUUGGCCAGCAGAACAGUCCAGACUGUUAACCGCACAAACUCAGGCUCAAGCAAUCAAAAUAGCCCAAACAGACAAGUCUCUCGCCGUAGGAAACGGGCUGCCACGUCCAGACCAGAGCGUGUUUGGCCUGAAGGCGUUAUUCCAUAUGUCAUCAGUGGUAAUUUUAGUGGCAGCCAGCGAGCUAUAUUCCGCCAAGCCAUGCGGCACUGGGAGAAGCACACCUGCGUGACCUUUAUCGAGAGGACACAGGAGGAGAGCUACAUUGUCUUCACCUACCGACCAUGUGGGUGCUGCUCUUACGUGGGCCGCCGUGGAGGAGGCCCCCAAGCUAUUUCCAUCGGGAAGAACUGUGACAAAUUUGGCAUUGUGGUGCAUGAGCUGGGUCACGUGAUCGGGUUUUGGCACGAACACACACGGCCCGAUCGAGACGAACAUGUCAGCAUCAUCAGGGACAACAUUCAGCCAGGACAAGAGUACAACUUUUUAAAAAUGGAACCCGGGGAAGUGGAUUCUUUGGGUGAAAUCUACGAUUUUGACAGUAUCAUGCACUACGCCCGCAAUACAUUCUCCAGGGGCAUCUUCCUGGACACUAUCCUGCCGCGCUACGAUGUGAACGGCGUGCGACCACCCAUUGGCCAGAGAACUAGACUUAGCAAAGGGGAUAUCGCACAGGCUCGCAAACUCUACAAAUGCUCCAGAUGUGGGGACAGUUUACAGGAUAGCAGUGGGAAUUUUUCCUCUCCAGGUUUUCCCAAUGGCUACUCAGCUUACAUGCACUGCAUCUGGAGAAUAUCAGUCACACCAGGCGAAAAGAUCAUUCUGAACUUCACCUCUAUGGAUCUAUACAGAAGUCACCUGUGUUGGUAUGACCAUGUGGAAAUCAGGGAUGGAUAUUGGAGGAAGGCGCCCCUUAAAGGACGAUUUUGCGGCGACAAACUCCCGGAGCCAAUCAUCUCCACCGACAGCCGUCUGUGGAUCGAGUUCCGCAGCAGCAGCAACUGGGUGGGAAAAGGUUUCUCUGCCGUUUAUGAGGCCAUCUGCGGUGGGGAGGUGAAGAAGGACAGUGGCCAGAUUCAGUCCCCUAACUAUCCCGAUGACUACAGGCCUAACAAAGCGUGUGUUUGGAAGGUCACUGUAGCUCAGGGCUACCAUGUGGGCCUCACCUUCCAGUCCUUUGAAAUUGAGAGACACGACAGUUGUGCUUACGACUACCUGGAGGUGCGUGACGGAAACUCUGAAAACAGCCCCCUUCUAGGACGAUUCUGCGGCUAUGACAAACCAGAUGACAUCAAAACCAGCUCCAACCAGCUGUGGAUGAAAUUUGUUUCAGAUGGUUCCGUCAACAAGGCCGGAUUUGCAGCUAACUUCUUCAAAGAGAUGGAUGAGUGCUCCAAGCCGGACAACGGUCGCUGUGAGCAACGCUGUCUCAACACGCUGGGCAGUUACAAGUGUGCCUGUGACCCGGGCUAUGAGCUGGCUGCUGACAAGCGCAGCUGUGAGGCUGCCUGCGGAGGCUUCAUCACCAAGUUGAACGGCUCCAUCACCAGCCCCGGUUGGCCCAGAGAGUACCCCCCCAACAAGAACUGCAUCUGGCAGCUGGUGGCCCCCACACAGUACCGCAUCACUCUGCUCUUUGACGUCUUCGAGACUGAGGGCAAUGACGUUUGCAAGUACGACUACGUUGAGGUGCGCAGCGGACUGUCAGCAGACUCCAGGCUACACGGGAAGUUCUGUGGCGCCGAGAAACCCGAAGCCAUCACUUCUCAGUACAACAACAUGCGCAUCGAGUUCAAGUCUGACAACACGGUCUCCAAAAAGGGCUUUAAAGCGCAGUUUUUCUCUGACAAAGACGAGUGCUCCAAGGAGAACGGCGGCUGUCAGCACGAAUGCGUCAACACGUUCGGAAGCUACAGCUGCCAGUGCAGGAGUGGUUUUGUGCUGCACGAGAACAAGCAUGACUGCAAAGAGGCUGGCUGUGAUCACACAGUGACCAGUGUGAGCGGUACCAUCACAAGUCCCAACUGGCCGGAUAAAUAUCCAAGCAAAAAGGCCUGCACCUGGUCACUUACCACCACGCCAGGCCACCGCAUUAAAAUAGCUUUCAAUGAAAUCGACAUGGAGGCUCACCUGGAAUGCGCUUACGACCACAUCGAGAUCUACGACGGCAAAGACGGCAAAGCGCAAACACUCGGUCGCUUCUGCGGCACCAAGAAGCCGCAGCCCAUCACGUCUAGCGGCAAUAAGCUCUUCAUCCGCUUUUUCUCCGACAGCUCCGUGCAGAAGAAAGGCUUUGAGGCCUCCCACACGGCAGAGUGCGGCGGUCGCCUGAAGGCUGAAGUCAAGACCAAGGAUCUGUUCUCCCACGCCCAGUUCGGGGACAACAACUACCCCGGCGCGUCCGACUGCCAGUGGGUAAUCUCUGCCGAGAAGGGCUACGGCGUGGAACUCAUCUUCCAAACCUUCGAGAUCGAAGAGGAGGCAGACUGCGGCUACGACUACAUGGAGCUCUUUGACGGAGCCGACACCAAGUCUCCGCGCCUCGGACGUUACUGUGGUUCAGGGCCCCCUGAGGAGAUCUACUCCGCCGGCGACUCCGUGGUGAUCAAAUUCCGCUCUGACGACACCAUCAACAAGAAAGGAUUCCACGUGCGCUACACCAGCACCAAAUUCCAGGACACUCUGCACUCGCGCAAGUGACGAGCGGGGGCCGCAAGGGGCCGCGCGGGGCAGAGGGCCACCCGGAGGGGCCCCAAAGGGAGGCUCCCGCCUAACGCUCGGAAACCUUCGGCCACCAACGCUAAUCAAACGCGACACAACAGCCGCAAGACCGCCAGGGGCUCCGGCACCCCCCGCAGACUGUGAGGAGUAAAGCCAUUCUGCAGUACACCUUCUUUUUACCUUUUUACGCUUAGGAUUGGGCUUUGGCGGACGGCGGCAAGGGGGCGGGGUUUAUUGAACCGAACCCUCCUCCCAUUUCCGUUUUUUUUUUUUUUUUUUUUUUUUUAAAAGGUGCCUCCUGUCAUGGCACAACAAGGAAACCAGUGGAUUCUCAGGACCUGUAGAAGAAGGACAUUACCAGAGACGUCGCGGGAGAGAGGAAAAAGUGUAGACGGAGGACAACAGCAGCAUUUUUUGUAGCGUGCGACGCGACGGCCACUCUCACUGUUCGCAUUAACAAAAGGAACAUAAGGAAGCAGUUAUCUUAUUAAAGGACUAAUCAAUGAAAUGUGCUCCAUGGUCUUCUGGUUGGUCAUUACUGUACCUCCAUCUUGUGUAAAAUGUGUGUAUGCGUGCGCGCCAGUGUGUGAGAUCUUUCAAAAGGGAACAUGUGCUUUUUAUUUUCCUCAGCUCGAAACCAGUUAGCACUUUACAGUGAAUUGUUCCAAAAUCAUUGAGCUUCUAUGAAUUUUUGUGAAAAUGCAAAUGCCAGUUCACUUCUUUUUAAAAUGCAUUUUAUCUCUCUUAUUCAAAAAUGUUUUUUUUUUUCACUUGCUCCAUUUUAGUUCCUCAGGCAUACUUGAACAUUGUGUGUGCCCUGUGACGUGGGGUAAUAAAGAUAUGACUUAUGUG